AUGGGCGAGAGCAUGUUCAGCUCCAGGAGCGAGAGCUCCGGCGCGGCCUCCGUGAGGUUCUCCGGCUUCGGAUCAUCGGCCUCCGUGAAAGCUUCGGGAGCCUGGAGAGAAGACAGGAGUGGAGGCUCUGCGGAGCAAAACGAGCAGCAAUCCAGUCAAAAGCUGAACUCCCAGCGCAAGAGCCUCUACAGAUCUCGCUACUACUUGGAGCCACGAGCACGCAUUCAGAUCUCUGAGGACAUGCUGCAGCCUACUUCAGACUUUGAGAAAGCGCUCCAUUUUAUCCAAGAAACUCUUUGCGCGCUUCACGCCAAUCAUACUGGGGCUGAUGAGUGUACGCCACCCCCACUGAGAACACCUGGCGCCGAGAAUGACGGCCUCUUUCAGAAUCAGCGUAUCAUUCUGAUCUCCUUUCUGGUCACGCAUUUGAAACACGGCACCACUGUUCUCCAGCCAGCUCUUGCAAACAGCAUGAAGAACGCAAUCACCAAUGCAGUUCUGUCUUACACGAGCUCUCUUGAGCCAGAGGCUGUUUCAGUGGCGAUUGCAAAGCCCAGCAAGAGCAAGGGAGUCAACAUUUAUCAGAACACUUGGGUGACGGUGGUUUUGUCUCUUGGCGAUGAUGUUGACAAGGAGUUGGCGAAUCUACGCCAUGCGAGUACCAGGCAGUUUCUUCAAAACACCUUGCUUUCUGCCAUCCUGACAACCCCUCACAUCGGCAGCGCCUUCGCCUCCAACAAGGAGAACGUGACGCUCGCGCCCAGUUUCUUCUCUUUGAAGGAGGAGCUAGUCCCAUUGACCAGCCGUGAGACCGAGCCUGAGGAUGAGGUCAAUGUCACCGCUGUCGCCGUGCCCGCUCCUACCUCUCCUGCUCCCUCUGCCGGCGACCAGGAGCCUUCAACGCGAAAGACGAUAGAGGGAAUGAUGGACCAGACUAUGAAGCGAGUUGUGGACGAGCUGUUCUUUCACUAUGGGACCCACGUUUGCCCGCAGGUAGUUCUGGGAGGCUGGUGGAAGGUGACAGCCAGCUUUCACAGUGCGCAUGAUCAGAAGGUGGUGGACAUGAGCAACAUCGUGAGCGCAGCCCUGGACGAGACGGAGGCCACAGCGAAUCAGCAAGCUUUCUCAGUGUCUGGCAGUGGUUCGGGGGUAAGCGCAUCCGCUUCAGGGGAGCGGCAGUUCGCGAAGGGGGGAGCCUCUUCGAAUAGCAGCGUGCUGGGACGCCGAGAUAUCAACCGGGCGGCCACCAAGAGAUCAACGCUGGAGGUAACGCAGGAGUGGAAAGGCGGGGCUUCGGGGACCGCGCCGGCGGAUUGGCGGCGGAGCCUGGACGGCACUUUGAACUCCAACUGGCGGGUCAUUGACCGCCAGGUGGAUAGAUGCCUGGGAGUUUGGACUUGGGCCAGGAGCAAAACCUUGCGAAGCAUCAUGUGCACCCGCUGGCUCGAACUCUACUUGGCUUCGGCCCAGUUGUCAGAUGAGGAAAUGGGCAAGAACUGGCAGGUCGUCUGCUCAGAUGCUGCCGGACUCCACACUUUGCAGGAGCAGAUUGCGGACAUCGAGUCCAGGCGCCCGGUGCAGGUCUGGGGUCAGCAGUGCGAGACGAACGAUUGCAGGUCCGUGGCCCAAUGCCCCGACGGCUACGCCGUGGUGGGCUGCCGGUCUGACGGUCUGUCGGAUGGCCUCAUCCUGGAGGGGAACGCAUGUGUGAAUCACGGGGCGAAAACCAAUCAGCUCAUCGCGGCGUGGGCCAACUGCUCCCAGCUCGCAGCCUCAAGGGGCCCGGCUCCCAAGGCGACUUAUGCCGACUCGUCCGAGUCUCGGUGUCCCGGCGGCGCGGUGCCCGACUUCUGCCUGUGCCACUCCCCUUGGAAAAAAUGCGUACAGAACCAGUUCCCUCCGCGGGGCAACAAAUGCGCGUUUUCAUUCACGCCAGAACCCGAUCAGCGGAGGCGGCGCAGUUUUGGCUUUGGGGUGCGUGUUCAAGCGGUAUGUCUCGAGUGGUCUUCAUAA